AUGGCCGUCGCCUGCGCGGGCCACCUGCCCUUCAAGAUCGGCGGCGCGACGUCGGACCCCAUGUGCGCGCUCCACAAGCUGCGCUGGGGGUCGGACCCCCUCUUCUUCGCGGUGCCGAGGGACGACGCCCCCGAGGAGGCGCCGGCGUCGCCGGAGCCGGCGGCGGCGCCCCCCGCGCCCGGCGGCCUGAAGCGCACGCUGACGCGCGGCGGCAUCGCGCCGGACGAGCCCGCGGCCGCCGUCGCCGCGGCCGCCGCGGCGCGGAGCGCGCCGUCGGACGCCGCGCCGGCCCUCGGCGUCUGCCCCGCGGAGCUCGAGAACGCGCUGAAGGAGAUCUCGCACGCCCCCGAGCACGUGCUGCGCUACGGCCGCGGCUCGUCGCUCGGCAUGCACCCGAGCCUCAGCAAGAGCGAGAGCGAGACGUCGGACGCAGGGCAGGACAAGGGUGAUUCAACGUCGGACGCGGGCGGCUGGGGCUUCUACAAGGACUGCGAGGGCACGCCCGGCGACAGCGCCUACCGCCUCGACGCUACGGCCCUGUCCAACCGCGAGACGCCCGACUACGUGCUCGAGGACAGUCUAGCCAAUCAAGCGCUGUGGCACUCGACCGCGGGCUGCCGGCCCGCGCAGCCCGCGCACGAGCGGCGCCAGUUCGAGGAGCUCUGGGCCCAGAACCUGGCCAACUCCCAGGCGUCGGGCGGCGAGGCGCGGUCCGACUCGAACUCGAAGCGGCGGCGGGCUCUAGUCUGCGACCGCGCGCCGGUCGAGGUCGGCGGCGCGCAGCUCCUCCUCCGGGAGUCGUCGCCCUUCGGCACGUCCGUGACCAAGUCCUGGCGCUGCGACUGCUGCGGCGAGCUGACGUCCAUCAUGAUCCGCAUCCCCAAGUACCAGAUCGUGCGCAAGGGCGGCAAGUCGCACGCGGAGUAUCUGGUGGUCGCGCGGCUCGGCGCCGUGACGUUCGGCCUCUGGCGCCGCUUCGCGCACUUCACGGCGCUCCACGACAAGAUCAGCAAGACCUUGGACAAGGACGACUACCAGAACACGCUCUGGUCCUGGCGCUGCCUCCGGCGCCGCCAGCGCUGGUUCCGCUGCCUCGACCGCGACUACCUCGCGCUCAAGUGCUUCCUCCUCGAGCGCUUCCUCCACGACGCGGUCUUCGAGUCCGCGUCGUCGACGCUCUUCGCCGACUUCCUCGAGAUCACCCUCGCGCAGCCCUAG